AUGACACAGCCAACCUCGAGCGCCAAAGAUACCCUGCCAUCUACACUGCUGCGUCUAUGUGUGCUGUGUGCAUCGUCACUAGAGGCGAUGAGCACAUCGCCAACCGAGACCGUCGACAAGACAGCUGCCUCACAAGAUGGACGUGCUCUUAGUGAGCGAAUUUCCUCAGACACACUUGCGCUCGUGCAGAAAGUGCGCAAAGAAGUCACCGCCUUGUCACUCGCUAUGCGACCUUCUUCUUCAUUUGAGCCUCAAGACCAUUCCGAGCCUUUGGAUGGUGUCGACGACAAAAGUAUUGAAGCCGCCUCACAUCUCCUGCAAUCUCUAGCCACUGAGGCCGUGCCGAAGCUCGUGUUUCUUGCCAACAUGGCUCUCACGCGUGUGCGUGUAUAUUCAAUCGCCGACUCAGCCGAACAUGAUCCUCUGGUCGAGCAAGCACGCGAGUCUGGCGCACAUAUCGUGUUGGGCGAAGGUGCCAAAGGGCCGCUUGCAGACAAAGCGUGUCUCGGCGCUUUGUUUGUGAAAGACCUGCGUCUUCUCAUCACAGACAUCGUAGCGGGGAUCGGCGAAUUGUGUCAGAGCUUCAUGGAUACUCGCACGCGGACUGUGCUUGCCCGUGCACAGCAGAAGCGCGAAGGAACUGGAAAGCCUUCGAAUCCGUUGCCGCCACCGUCACGCGCUGCAUCUUUAGCGCUAACCAAAAAGCUAUGGACAUUGUGUGAUGCAGCGGAAGGCGAUAAAACCCAUACCCCUGCAUACGUUGCGCGGCUUCCUCGAAACAACUAUGAAGCACUGUGCAAGUCCAUCCGGCGGAACGAGCUUCUUAUGCGAGACAGUCAAUCUGAACUGCAAGAUGCACUAGACGACGCACAGAGCCAUGCAAUCGGUGCAGCGUCUGACUCGGCAACUGAGCAAGCUUCCGAUUCCGCGCCGAAACAGGAGCCUGCAUCCUCUGACGAAACAGAGGAGCUCGAUGAUGUGGAAGACAUGUGGGAACAGAAUGUACUGGCCUCGGAAGAGGGCCGUGUGACUGCCAGGGCCGUCUUGGAUCUCGUUACGUCUGGCAUCAAGCUUGUGCAGAGCUUGUCGAAAUCACUCCCUAAGGACGCAUCCGAGCAUCGCCUGGAUGACAUUGCAAACUGCAUGGACGCUUUGGCUGCCGCUCAGGAUGAGCUGACGUGCGCAGCCUUAUUUGAAGACGACUCGUCUGAAACGAACGUGAAUGCGAGCACGAUUGCAUACGUCGAUGCAUGCAAACAGCUGUGUGAGCGUGUCGAUGGCCGAACAAUCCCUGACAUCGAAUCACUUGCUUCAAAGCUCAAGUCUAGCCAGCCAUCAACGUGA